AUGCUCGUCGACGCUACCCAGCACUUCAACGUUCAUUAUUGCACCGCAGCAGGAGCUCUCCUGGUAACUUUUGAAAUCCAUUCUUCCAGACUAAUAGAGGUAUUUAAUACGCACAUGCAGAUAGCAUACUAUGCUACCCCUUAUUUACUGGACCCGCACGAUUACCGACGCCGGUUCUCUGGACCAUGGGUUGCAUCGUUUACCAAUCGGUGGCUUUCAAAGGACUUUAGCUCUGGCCAUCAUUGCGAUACCCUCGUUCGGCUUCACGAGAAAUAUGGAAAGUUUGCGAGAAUCGGCCCCAAUCACAUCAGUAUCGCGGACCCUGAGGCUUUGGAAGCUGUCUACGGGCACUCAAACGGGCUGCUCAAAUCUGAGUUUUAUGAAACUUUCAACCCUGGUAGUGAGAGGGAUGUAUUCAACGUCCGAGAUAGAGCUGAUCACACCCUAAAACGUAAACGUAUUGCAAACAUCUUCAGCCCCCAGAGCAUUUUAGCCUUUGAGCCUCGUGUCAAGGAGCACCUCCAACAGUUCUGCGCACAGUUGGAUAUGCGAUGUGAACAAUCUCUCAAGAAUACUUCUGGCUUCAACUGGAGCGCCAAGGGUGGCCGAGCAGUUCUCAACUUUCCUCCGCAGCUAGCAUAUCUCACCUUCGACAUCAUCAGCGAUUGGCUCUUGGGCGUCUUCUGGAAACAUCCAGGGAUUAGCCCUAUUCACACUAAUGCAAAAUUGCUCCUUUUCGGUACUCCGUUUAACAUCCCGGCCCUUAUCACUCUCCGCGACUUCAGGAAUACCACCAAAGCUGCAGUUGAUGCGCGCAUUAAUAGAAUGAAGAAUGAUGGGCAAGAAGAUGAAGAGCGCGGAGCUGACCUGAUGGAUAGACUCUUUGAGAUCAAGAACCCCGACGGCUCGCCUUUGUCAAGAGAGGAUAUUGAUGCUCAAGCUUUCUUAGUAUUCAGCGCAGGAAGUGAUACGACUGCAAAUUCGCUAAGUGGCCUAUCUUAUUACAUCGCUUCGAACCCCCGGGCCCGAAAGAAGCUACAGGAGGAGCUUGAUUCGGCUCUUUCAUCAUCGGUAGAGUUUGACGACGACCAAGUCGCUCACACAGUCCCUAGCUAUGAGCAGAUCAAGAACCUUCCGUACCUCAACGCAUGUGUGAAAGAAGGCCUGCGACUUUACUCCACCUUGGGUCUCGGGCUCCCGCGAGUUGUGCCACCAGGCAAGACUCUGACGAUUGCUGGGGAGACCUUCAACGCCGGAAGCGUCAUCAGCGUACCCUCGUAUUUAACCAAUAGAUCCAGCGUGUGGGGGUCCGAUCCCGAGGCUUACAGGCCGGAAAGGUGGAUAGAAGACACCACUGGGUCUCUGAACAAGUACUUUGCUGCAUUUUCAUUUGGGCCUCGUGCUUGUCUGGGUCGUAAUUUGGCCAAUCUGAAUCUCUUGUUGAUUGCUGCUACGUUUUUUCAUAGAUACGACGUUGAGCUCGCUAGUCCUAGCACCAAGCUUUCGAUCAAGGAAGGGAUAGUCAGAGAAUCGACUCGUUGCGAGCUUUCACUCAAGCGACGGGUCUAA